UGUAUUUGAUCAAGAAGGCCGGCAAUUGUGCUGCGCUAAGAUUUACAAAAUCAUUUAUUUUAUUAAAAUUUCAAAUUGUUUAUUGCAUCUUGUAUAUCUCUUUUUACAACAACAAAAUUCAAUGCAAGUCUUUUAUCAAAAAUUGAGAAAAAUACUUAAAACAAUUAGUGUUGUAAUAGUACAUAAAUUAACUAAACUUGAUUGAUAUUAGUGUGAUUUUAAAUUUAUAUAUAUAUAUAUAUUUUUUUUUUUAAUUAUUAAUGUAUACUGUAACUAAAAAUGUUAAAUUCUUACAGUUAUCGAAAAGGUUGUAUUAUAAUGAUACUGAAAUUAAAAAAUCAGUUUUCUUGCCUAAAACAAAAUUUAAGAGUUGGCUGAGUACUACCCAAAUGUUAGAAAGAGAUAAUAAUGUUUAUGAAAGUUGUGAAUUUUCUGAACUGUAUUCAUGGCAAAGACAAAAUGUAAAUAGUAAUGAAUUUAUAUUACAUGAUGGACCACCUUAUGCAAAUGGCUUGCCUCAUAUGGGUCAUGCUGUUAAUAAGAUUCUUAAAGAUAUUACUAUACGUCACAAACUUGUAAAUGGAUCUAAAAUCAACUAUGUGCCAGGAUGGGAUUGUCAUGGCCUUCCUAUUGAGCUCAAAGUAGAGAAAUUAAAUGAAAAUAAUUGGAAUAAUUUUAGUCCUCUAGAAGUACGAAAAAGAGCAAAAUUGUAUGCUACAAAAGAAAUUGAAAAACAAAAGGCUAUAUUUAGAUCAUGGGGUAUUCUUGCUGAUUGGGAUCUUAACUGCUAUUAUACAUAUGAAAAAAAAUACAUUAAAAAACAAUUAUAUCAGUUUUAUAAUUUAUACAAGAAAGGCCUUAUUUAUCGAGAUUUAAAACCAGUAUAUUGGUCUCCAUCAUCUAAGAGUGCAUUGGCUGAAGCAGAAUUAGAAUAUAAUCCUAAUCAUCUAAGCAAAUCUGUUACUGUUAAGUUUGAGUUAUGUUCAUCCAGUUUACCUAUUGAAAUAAAAAAUUACUGUGAAAAUUCUGUAUUUGCAUUGAUUUGGACUACUACUCCAUGGACAUUGCCUGAUAAUGCUGCCAUAGUUUAUUCACCAGUAUUAAACUAUUCUCUAGUAAAAAUAACGGGUAUUUCUGAUACUUACCUAUUAGCAAGUGACCUAAUAACAAAUCUUAGUACUAAAUUAAAAAAGAAUAUUAAAAUCAUUACUACAUUUAAAGGUAAUUGUCUUAGUGGUUUAAAAUAUAAAAGUUUAAGGUGUGAAGAAAGUGACAAACAAUUUUUUGCUGGAGACCAUGUUACCGCAGAUAAAGGAACUGGAUUGAUUCAUACAGCUCCUGCUUAUAGCCAUGAAGACUUUUUAGUAGCAUUAAAUUAUAAUAUUCCAAUAAAAUGUCACGUGGAUGAAAGUGGAGUUUAUACACAUCAAUCAUGGCUUGAACUAAAAGGAUUAUCUGUAUUGGAUAAAGGAAAUGAUAUGGUUUUGUCAUUGCUGUCUAAUAAAAUAUUACAUCUAGAAAUGUAUGAACACAGUUAUCCAUAUGAUUGGCGUACAAAAUUACCAGUUAUUGUUCGAGCUAGUAAACAAUGGUUUUUGGAUACAUCUACAAUUAAAAGACAAUCUAUUGAAUCUUUACAAAAUGUUGAAAUUUAUCCAGAACAAAGUGGAAGUCGAAAUUCUUUAUUAUCCUUAAUUAAAAAACGGCCAUAUUGGUGCAUAUCAAGACAGCGAAUGUGGGGUAUACCUAUACCUGUUUUAUAUGAUAAUUUAGAUAAUGAAAUUUUGGAUGAGAAUCUUUUAAAAAACUACAAUAAACUAUUAAAUGAAUCUGGGUUAGACUUUUGGUGGACUGAAGAUGUUCAAAAAUUAGUUCUUAACACUUCGCACGAGAAAUCUAAUUUACAACGAAGAUAUGAUAUUCUGGAUAUAUGGUUCGAUAGUGGUAUUUCUUGGAGUUGUGUACUUGGAGAUGACAAAGUUGCUGAUUUAUAUGUUGAGGGUGUUGAUCAAUGUACAGGAUGGUUUCAGUCAUCUCUCAUGUUAUCUGUAGCUUUAAGAAAUAUUUCUCCUUACAAAUCUUUAUUUAUACAUGGUUUUGUGGUUGAUGAAAAAGGACGAAAAAUGUCAAAAUCUAUUGGAAAUGUAGUUGAUCCUCAAGAUAUUAUAAAUGGAAAAUAUGAGAAAUCAAUUAGCGGAAUAGAUAAUCUUAGAUGGUGGGUUGCUGGACAUGGUUGUCAUAAUACAAAUAUUCCUAUUUCUAAGGAAACAAUGGCUAAUAGCAAACAAGCAAUUGAUAAACUUCGUCUUAUUAUUCGAUUUUUGCUUGGUUCAUUGAAUGAUUCAUCACAAGAUCAAUUUGAACUUGGUAUUAAUAGCCUGAAAUUCUUAGAUAAGUACAUGAUAAUGGAACUACAAAAAUUUGAUAAAGAAUGUAACGUGCUCUAUAAAAAUUUUGAAUAUAACAAAAUUUGUGCUAAAAUUUUAAAUUUUAUUGCUAAUCAAGUGUCUGGGUUAUACAUUCAUCACAUUAAAGAUCGACUGUAUUGUAAUCACAUAAAUUCAAGUGAACGCUUAGCAUGUGUUGCAACAAUUCAAGCUACAUUUGAAACUCUUCUUAAGCACAUUUCUCCUAUUCUACCUCAUUUAGCUGAAGAAUCAUAUCAAUUUUACCCAUUAAAAAAAAGUACUUACUUUAAAUCACCUAAAUUAUGUAUAAAUGAAGUAAAAAUUUCUGAUUCUGAGAAUGUUAAAAAUAUUAUAGAUAAUGCUUUAAUUAUUAAAAAUGAUGUGACAAAUGUUUUAAAAGGACUAAAUUCAUUGGAGUAUUCCUUAACUAUAGGAGCAUCCAAUGAGGCUGUAAAACAAUUACAGAUUUUACACCCAGACAACAAAGCUACAAUUUCAGAUUUAAUUGAACUGUAUCAAGUAAAUUCAAUUAAUUUAGUUACAAGUGAUUCUAUUUUUGUAAAAAAAACAAAAUCUAUAAGUCAUUUAUGCAAAAGAUGUCGAAAAUGGACAGCUGAUAAACAAAAUGGUUUAUGUUUACGAUGUAAAUUAGUAAUAGAAGAAUUUUAUUUAAAAAAAGAAUAUAUAUAUGACUAAAAAAAUUAAUUACUGAGCUAUAAACUGGCCAGAACCAUCUUGAUUAUUUGUCUGCAAAACAAUUUCUGCUGGUCGACACUCAAUUAAAUGUAAUACCACACAACCAGUCAUAAAAACAAAAAUCUAUCAAUAAAUUUUUAUAUUAAAAAUAAUAAUAGAUUAUAAUUUAAUUUGUUACUUACAGAUUUCAUUGUAAUUUGUAUUUUAACACUGUUCAAUUAAAUGCUGAUAAAGUUAUGCUAAUAAAUAUUUUUUCUUGAUCUUAAAA